CGAGACAUUAAAUUCAGCGGCACUCCCGUCUUUCUUAUAUUAAAAAACAGCUCAAGAACGGAAAAUUGGCUAUUUUUUAAUUUUUAGGUUACCGUUAUCGAUGUUUGACAGAUGACAUGACAGCUGUCAGAAAAUUGUUCAACAAGGAUUUUUUAUAUUUUGUAACGAGAUUAAAUUCAGUGGCACACUCGUGUUUUUUAUUAUUAGAAAACAGUUAAAGGACGGAAAAUUGUCUAAUUUUUAAUUUCAAAAUUACCGUUAUUAACAUUUGACAGAUGACAUGACAAGUGACAGCUGUCAGAAAAUCGUUCAAGCAUUUUCUUAUUUUGUAGUGAAAACAACAUUUUUUUCAGUAAAGUGAAUGUGAGACGAAUUAUUAACUAUUUGGCGUUGUUUUCUAGUAGAUAGAAAUGACGUUGGUUGAAUUUUUCGGGUGCACCUUCUUGGCCUUUGGGCCCCCGUUUGCAAUGUUCGUGUUCACAAUUGCUCACGACCCUGUGCGAAUAAUAAUCCUGAUAGCGGCAGCGUUCUUCUGGCUGGUAUCCCUUCUGUUGUCAUCGCUGUGGUGGUACAUUGUGGUCCCCCUAAGAAAAGACUUGGCUUUUGGGGUGGUGUUUUCAGUGGUCUUCCAGGAAACCUUCCGCUACAUUAUCUACAAAAUCUUAAGAAAAGCCGAAAAUGGUCUUAAGAAAAUCACAGACGACAGCACUCAACUAAUUGAAAACAAGCAUAUUUUGGCCUAUGUGAGUGGACUAGGUUUUGGGAUUAUCAGUGGUGCCUUUUCACUGGUUAAUAUUCUUGCUGAUGCGGUGGGACCUGGAACCAUGGGGUUAAAGAGCGGAAAUGAGAUGUUUUUCCUCACAAGUGCGGCAACUGGACUUUGUUUUAUAUUGUUGCACACUUUCUGGGGAGUGAUUUUUUUCAAUGCUUUAGAUAAUAAUAACAAACUUCAUGUGGCAGGAGUAAUUGUUUCGCAUCUUUUGUCCUCCUGUGUCACGUUGCUUAACUCUAAAAUCGGGCCAGCAGGCACCUUAAUCCCAUUGUAUAUUAAUUUAGUCCUCAUGGGGUUGGAAGCAUAUAAAGUUGCAGGGGGUUCAUAUGCCUCAUUUAAAAGUUGUAUUACAUUUAAGUAACUUAUUUAAUAAAUGUGUGUCAGUUAGGAUCACUAUUUCUGUUUUAGCUGACUCAGAAAUCAUACAUUUUUACUGAAAAUUAGUUUUAUUUAAUGUACUCAUGUUUUGACUGAUAACGUUUCUAUUUAUUUAUGUAGAUAUUUUUCUAACAAGUGUAAUAAAAUGUUAUAAAGCUGCAUA